UUUUGAGCGCUGAUCACAAUUACAAAUCGGAUUGCUUGGAUCGUCUGCUUCAUUGCUCAAAAGCUGUCAAGAUGAUUGACGAUCAAGACCUCGGCUUCUUUGCGAAUUUCCUUGGAAUCUUCAUUUUCGUGCUUGUUAUAGCGUAUCAUUUCGUGAUGGCUGACCCAAAAUUUGAAGGAAACUGAGGGUUUUUGCACUUUUUUAACUGUCUGCAACGGAUGUUUUGUUGAAAAUUGACACACCAA